CCUCUCUUCCUCCCUGGAAAUUCUCACCGAAAAAAUCGACCCAAAAAAGAUCAAAAAACCCUAACCGCUCUGAUCGAAUCAUCGAAGGGUCGCCGCCCACGGCCAUGUCUCCGGCGACCUCCGAAGCCCAAGAUCGCGUCCCCGGUGAUACGACUGGCGCCGUUCAGUUCUUUCAGUCGACAUGAGGGCCCCACCGACCGAUGCGUCCCCAGCGCCGUCGAGGUCGAUGCUAAAGCGGCUGUUCGAUCGCCAGCUCCUGCGGAUCUCGCCGGCGGAGCGGCUUCCGUCGGCGGCGGGGGGAGAGAAGGAUGAGGCUGAGCCGAGCUCCGUGUGCCUGGACGGCAUGGUGCGCAGCUUCUUGGAGGACGGCGGCGGCACGGGCGCCGACAAGGCGGGGCACGGCGGGCGGUACUGUAACUGCUUCCACGGCGGCGAUAACUCCGAUGAUGAGGAGGACGAGGAGGCAGCGGCGUCCUCCGACGUCGCCGAAACGAUCAAGGGCCUCGUCCACUGCGCGACGCUCCGGGAGCGCAACCUCCUCGCCGACGUCUGCGCGCACCUGGAGCGCCACCGGGCCGCGGGGGCUCGCCGUCGCGACCUCCUCCGCCUCGUCGCCGCCUCGCUCCGCGCCGCGGGGUACGACGCCGCCGUCUGCGUCUCCCGCUGGGACAAGUCCCCCUCCCACCCGGCCGGCGAGCACGCGUACCUCGACGUGCUCCUCCCGGCCGCCUCAGACCGCGGCGCGCUGCAGCGCGUCCUGGUGGACGUCGACUUCCGGUCCGCGUUCGAGGUAGCGCGGCCCACCAAGGCGUACUGCGCCCUGCUGCAGCGGCUGCCGGCGGUGUUCGUCGGCAAGGACGACCGGCUCCGCUUCCUCGUGGCCGCCGCUGCCGACGCCGCGCGCGCCAGCCUCAAGAAGCGCGGCCUCCACCUUCCUCCCUGGCGCAAGCCCGAAUACAUGCGCGCCAAGUGGCUGUCCCCCUACGACCGCGAGGCCCCGCCACCCGUCGAGGCCGCCGCCGACGAUGUCGAUGGGGAGGGAACCGCCGAGGCGUGACAAGUGGCCAUUUUUGGAAAUUUUUGUCUUUGAGGAGAGUCUACCUGCAAAGUUAAUUCUCUUCGAUUUUACCAUCUUUUUGGGGUGGUAUUUUGGACUGCGAAGUGAGGUAUGCAUCACUGUAUUGUUAGUAUCACGCGAAACGGAGGGGAAAAUUAUGAAGUGUAGUGUUAGUUUUAGGAGAAGAAGUAAAAACAAACAAAAUAUCGGAUUAACAUCCAAUUUUGAUUCUUUUUUGUUUAUUCUGAUGUUUCACUCAUCAUCGAAUUUGCCAUGAUAGAUCACGGCAGUCUAAUGCUUCUACCCUUCAA